UGCAUCACGCGAGUUUCACGCACGCAGAGAUAUACGCAAAUUCUAUCUAUUUUUAGAUACUACAACUUUUUCAACCGUACUUCAUACAAAAUUCUGAGCUUUUGCGAGUGUACCACUGUCAUCUCUAGUUCGCUGCGUCUGUUAAUUUUUUGCAACUCACACUCUCUUGUGGGCAACAUGUCUUCAAACGCAACAAAAAAACCUUUCAAGCCUCCACUUGUCAAUAAACCCACCAUCAAACAAGCUCAGCCCACUGGAAGUGCUGUGCCUCCAAGAACCACUAAGGGACCUAAUAAAGUAAUUGCUGAGCCGAAGAGUUCUGCUGUCCCUCAAGGAACCACUAAGGGACCUAAUAAAGUAAUUGCUAAGCCGAAGAGUCAAAACAAACCUAAGCCUCUAUUGGUGUCUGAUUUUAUUGAUUUGGAAACCCCCUCUGUCAAGACGACUCAAUCAUCGGCCUCAUCGUCUUCAUUGGCCGAAUCUCAGCCAACAGAGACAGACUCAUGUCCAUCUAGUAGGAACAGCUCUUGCAGCACCACACCUACCAGGGAAUCGGCUAAUUCUGUCCCAUGGGGUAGCCAUGUGACUCCUCGAAGAAAAGAGGCUCUUCAGGAUUUGAAGAAGAAGAUUGCAUCCAUAUCAGGCUCCCCUUUUGGAUCAAAGAGCGCGCAAACUUUAAGCUUUUCAAAUCCCACCAGCUCUCGCAGCACCACACCUACCAGGGAAUCGGCGAAUUCUGUGCCAUGGGGUGUCAAUGUAACCCCUCAAAGAAAAGGGACUCUUCAGGAGUUUAAGAAGCUUGCAUCCAUAUCAGGCUCCGCCUCUGGAUCAAACAGCGCGCAAAGUUUAAGUUGUGCUAAUUCCACCCCUGAGGUUGUUGACCUCUCAGUCUCUGAUGAGGCUUCUUUUGUCCCGGGAUCCCAGAGCGUGUCAUCAAACCCCAUAUGCAAAACUAACCCUGACUUGUCAGUUCUUAAUCAAGGCAAAAAUUCAAGGAGAUCUACAGGGAAGAGCAAUUCUGCGCCCGUAACCCAUAAUGAAGUAGAUGAACCUGAAUCUUUGCCUCCUGUACAACUUGGAAAUUACAAAACUUCACUUUCAAGAUGCAAUAGCAGAAGCUUGGAGGCAAAAGCACCGAUUGCUCAGUCACGUCCCAGGAAUGCAUUUCCGUUGUUAAAUCGAUCAAAAUCAGAUGCCUCCAUACCAGAUGAUGUUUCACAUUUCAUUCUGAAGCCAGAUACACUUCGUGUCAACAUAUUGCCCUCUGAUCAGAAGUGUGCUUCUAUGGCCCUUUUAAAUGGUUCAGCCGACAAGGGGCACUCAGUUUUUUUAAAACCGGCUAAACCAACAGUUCAAAAAAAUACAGGUCCAAAACAGAAAAAUCCCUCUGUAAAAUCAAAAUCACCGGUGAAGGAAAACCAAAAUCCUUUGCGAUCUCAAAUAUCCAAGCAGAAACAAGAAAAUCUUGAGAAAAGGGACAAUAUUCUUCUGAAUGAAGUACUUCUCUCAGUUGCACAGUCUUUCUCAAAAUCAAACCUUGCAAUGGAACCUGAAUAUGUCAGUGAAGCUGAAGAAUCAAAGACUCCUGCAGAGAAAAAGGUCCAAAAAAAGCAAGCGACAGCAAAAAAAUCCUCUGAAAAAUCAAACGGUGUACCAAAACAACUGAAAUCAGUCACUAAUUCUCAAGAAUCAAAGAGCUCUGGAAAGAAUAGGGUGCAAAAAAGGCAAGUCACAGCAUCUAAAUCCUCUGAGAAAUCUAAUGUCCUACCAAAAGCACCCGCAGUUGUUAGUCAGGCUCCUGACUCAAAGAGUUCUCGAGGGAGGACCAUCCGUAAAAGGCAAGCAGAAAACUCAAGCUCCGCAGCAUCACCAGAGCCCAGUGGCUCAGUGCACGGGCGGAAACGUUCGAAAGUAGAAAGCGCCCUGCCAAGAGAUGACCUUAUUUCCUUAGCUGCCUCUAAAGCAGGAAAAUACCAUAAAGUUCCGAAAGUUAUCAACGGCAUUAAACUGUCUCCAGAAGAAAGACUGCUAGCCUUGCAAAAGUUGCGGGGGGAUGUUGGUACAUGGAUUCAAUGUUGUCAUGCUCAGUGUUCAAAGUGGAGGUAUGUCCAUGAUAUCAAAGAUCCUGUCCAAGUUCCGCGUCUCUGGUAUUGCAGGAAUAAUCCAGACCCAGAAUACAACUCUUGUUUGAAGCCAGAGCAAAAAAUGACUGCAGAGGAGGAAGAGGAUUUAAUUGAAACAAAAUUUACCGCCGGCUCUGUGGUGUGGGCCCGUGUUGUUGGCUAUCCAUUUUGGCCAGCUAUGGUCGAAGAUGAUCCAGAUUAUGAUCAGUUUUAUUGGUGUCAUGAUCGUGAUCCUCAAAAAGUGACUCAGUAUCAUGUUACCUUUUUCGACACAAAAGCUGUUACUCGAUCAUGGGUUACCACUCCAUCAGUCAAAGCCUUCACAGAAUUAGACAACCCAACCAAAAGGCUAACUGGUAAAAAUGCUUGCUAUGCUUCACGCAUCAAUGAAGCAAAAAAGGAAGCUUCCAUUGCCCUCAAACUGACAAAUUCAGAACGUCUAGCUAAAUGUAGUUUUAUCAAACGUUUCGCUGGACCAAUUAAGAAGAAAAAAUCAGCCUUCUCUGAUAAAACUGGUGAAUGUUCGUUCAAUUCUAGUGAGGACUCAGACUCAGCAAUUAACAGUGAAGAUGAUAUCCCCACUAAAUUUGCUACAGAAAGUCUUAAAACCCUCGACCCACGCCCCCAGAACAGAAACCUAAAAUGCAAAGCCACCAGCUCAGGCUCGAGCAAAAGUCUGCCAAACAAUGACACGAAUAGAUCUAAGAAUACUCCCUCUGAAGAUAAGAUUCCGUCCAACUCCAAGCAAGUAAAUAAUGCUCCUCCUAUUAAUAGUGAAACACCAAAUCUUGAUCAUAGUGAUAAGCCCUGUUCUGCCUCAAUUUUUGAUUGUAACAAUCAAUUUGAUAAUGAAGUGACUUCAAGUCAGGAUAUCCUCCCUGAUCUUCCCCUGAAAACGGACUAUAUCGUUCUCUCCCCAGUGAUGGAUGAUAUAAAUCAGUUGACUCCCGAUGACAUCGGUGCUUUGUCGCAAGGAGUUGUUAAUUCCGAUGGAGGAAUUUUCGAUUCUGUUGCAUCCGGUUUCCAACGUUUGUCCCAAAGUCUCUUUGGAUCCCAAGAUAUAAAUUUUAACUCUUAAUUUCUCAAAGAUUCCAUAACUGACUCCAUCUUAAUGUUACUAUUUUUAUACAUUUCUUAUGUUGAAUCUCUUUUUAUUAAUAAUGCCAAAUUUCUGUUACGUAGAAAGCUAGGUUUAAACUCUAACUUUAAUCGUUUCUUCAUGAUACGUAUUUUAAUUCCGUUUUUGUGUGUCAAAAGAGAUAGUCAUCAAGGCCAUCAUGAUAUUUGCAACUUUUUCUAAAAUUAUGAUUUUUCGGUUUUUUUUCCUAUUGUUCCCAUCCUACCUAAGUACCUUUCUUAGGAAUAAGCACUAAACUUGUAUUUAGUUUUGAAAUUAUGUAAAAGUUUCCUAAUAAUAUUAGUGUAAUAAGUCUUCAUAUCAAAUUCAUAAAGUUGUCAAGACCGUUAUGAUAUCAUUUCCCAGAACUAUAACUUUCAGUAUUUUAUUAAUUUUUUUACUCAGUAUUUAGUUAUUUUUUUACUCAGUAUUUAAUUUUUUGUACUACUCCUUACGAAUUUUUUGUUACAAUAUUGUUAAAAUGAAACACUAUCUGUUCAAGUAUAAAAAGCAAACUCCCUCAGAGUAUCUGACUUAGUUUGUAUUAACUCUCAGGUAGCAAGUAAUUAAAGCAACGAACCUGUGAAGGUAUGUUUCAACCACGUUUAUCUUCCAACUUUUAAAUACAAGUAUCACAAUCAUCAUUUUAAAUAGUUGUUUCAGAUGUGCCUUUUAAAAUAAACAAAAUAUUUUCUUUGCUUA